CAAAUUGUGAUCGGAUUUUUGAGUUUGUGGUUUACUGCAAAUUAGGUCACAGGUUAUAUAAUUAGAAGUAGGGUGGAGCAACACUGAUCACAAAGACAGGAGUGUUCACACUGAGUAACCAGAAAUACAACUUUAAAAUGAGCAGAAAUGAUUAGGAGAUCUUAAACCAGAGUCACACACUUCUCUGCAGGUUUCGUUAAGUUAUACUGUCUGUGAUCAUUUGCGGUCAGUGGGGGCUCAGUGGUAGGUUUCUUACCUAGCAUGUGGAAGGCAAACACUUCCAAACCAUUAUAACCAAAUUAAUUAAAAGAAAUAAUAAUAAUUCUUGGGUUUGUCUCAGGGAUUCUGCUUCAUCUCAACACCCUGUCAGUGAUUACUUUUCUCUAACAGCGUGAACCAGAGUGUUUACACCAAAGAAGCUUUUUACAGGAGUUUCUUUCUCUAUAAAUUAGUGAGUGAACAAAGCGUUUGAAGACAAUGUGAAAGUGAAACUGUAUGGAGCAGCCUAUUUGUCUCUCUCUCUCUCUCUCUCUCUCUCUCUCUCUCUUUUUCUCUCCACCUGAACCCGAUUCUCAACAAAGCACACGAUAAACCUUGGCUUUUUAAAGCAGGCUUUACCCUGACUUCAGAAUGCCUCCUGCACACAAAGUCUUCCUCAUGGUUCUUGGGAACACCCUGGACCACCACAAGAUGUUUAUGGAAAAUCUUAAAUCCAAAGUAAAUCUACAUGAAGUGAACUUGGAGGAUGAUUGUGAUUUCAUUAUUGCUUUUGUACCGAUCGUGUCUCGAGCCGGGACAGACAUUCAAGCUGCUGUUGAAAAAAUUUCCAAUAAUAAGCCCGUCAUUCUCGUGGUGCUCCACCACACAUUUGAUCCAAAUUACCUCCCUCCAGAUAGCAAACUCUGUGUAAAGAGGAACAGCAGAGUGUUUGCUGUAGAUUGUCUUUUCCAUGAAGAUAAGGGGUUAUUGAUAUCCCAGCGCAAUAGCAUUGCAAUCAUAGAUGUGAAGAAAUCUAUUUCUGCAAUGCAGAUCAGAGAGGAACAGUACGAGGUUGGGCCUGAUCAGGACGAUGAGAAUCAACCACUGAUACAACAGAGGAGAUCCGGUCAUGAAGUCGAGAGACAAGACCUGGUGGAUCGCAAAUGUUUCUUGAAGAAAGUUCUUUUGGGGUUAAUUGUUUUGUGUAUAAUUGUGAGUGUUGCGGUGGGUAUUAUGGUGGAUGAUCUUGACGGUACCCCUAUGGGUAUUUAUGCAGGCGCUGGUGUGGGUGCCAUUUUGCUCACAAUUGUUAUGAUUGUUGUCUUGGUUAAAUAUAAACAAGCAGGAAAAAAGCUGUACUUGUCACACACCUCUCACUGAAUUUCCCUUAAUUAAUAAUUAAAAUCCCGAAUGUAAUAGGGCUACAAGGUUACAGUCCUGCUAUCCAGGUAUUUUUUUUUCUGAGAACUCUGUUCCAAUAUUUUUGGAUUGUAAUGAUGUAAUGAUAUCUAAUCAUAUAAUAGGAAUAUUUCAUUUAUUUCUGGAUCUCAAUGUUAUGUUUAAUGUUUACCCAAUAGAUAUUUUAUAAAAUAGAUGGGAUGUACAGUAGUAUAGCAUCACUUAUGGCUGGCCAGUGUGUAGUAAAAAGUGUGUGUAAAAAGUGUGUAUGUGUAAAAAGACAGCCAAUCCUAGAACAUUUUCAUCCUGGUUUCAUUAUCACAAAGUUCAGUAACAUUUAUCUUAUAUAGACUCCCAAAUAUAUUUUGAAUACGUCUCAUCCUUUUCUCCAUCGUCUGCAUUAAUGAUUGGUGAACA